GCCGGCCCGGCGGCGGGGAGGGGACUCGGCCGCCCGCCCCCCUCCCCCGACUCACCGUCCGGGGCGGCGGCAGCGGCCGGGGCCUUUCCACGGGGGGAGGCGUCCUGAGGUCCUCCAGCCCCUCCCGGCCCCGGCCCCGAUUCGGUCGCACCGAAAGUGUCCCGGCCCCGUCUCCCCUCGCCGCCCUCCCGGUGUGUCCCCCCCGCCCCGCUGGGCCCUGCGGGAGGGACCGGGCAGGGGGUCCCCGGCCCCGGGCGGGUUCGUUGUCCGGCACCGCUGACCCCGGCACAGGCGGUGACACAUCAUGUGCCAGGCGCAAUCCCGGUGGAUGAAGGAUGCCCCCGGGAGCUCUCGGUAGGCACCGAAGGCCUCAAACUUUUGUAGGCGAAAGCGAAGACGUGAGAAUUGUCUGGGAAAGCUCCUUCGAGGAAACUUGGUUCCAGCUCCCCAACGGCUGAAACGCCCCCAGCCCCUGCUCCCGGGACACUCCUCCCUCCGCCCGGCCCGCAGCGAUGAGCUGCUAGGGAUGGAAAGCCACGAGAGGGACUGGGAGCUGGGCUGGUUCCACGGGGUGGCCUGACGGCCCCAGGAUGACCUAACUGGGCCCAGUCCAGGCCAGGUGACUGGGAAGAGCCCCGGCAGCGGGACCGGGCCGGAGGCAAAGCGAGUCCCAAACUGAGCGUGUCCCUUCACACAUUUAUGUUCUUUUUCAAAGACGUUCUGGAGCCAGGCCGGGAUCUUUUGGCAUCCAACUGACCUGGAAGCAGCUCUUAGGUUUGGUUUUUCUGUUGUUUUUUCUUCUUCUUCUUUUUUUUUUUUUUUUUGGUUGUUUUUUAAUUCACGUUUGUACAAUCUUCCGGAUAUCUUCUUUCCUUCCUUUUUUUUUCCUUUUUUUUUUUUUUUCCUUGUCCCAAGAAGGAGUAAAAAGGGAGUGUUGGAAACUUAACAUUUAAACAGGAUUAAAGCCCUGAGCGCUUGAGGGGAAAACAGGUUAAGGAACUUAAUCCAGGAUGGAUCUGCAGGAGCCGCAGCAGCUGGGAAUGUUCGCGGAGGGCGAGCUGAUGUCGGUGGGGAUGGACACGUUCAUCCACCGCAUCGACUCCACCGAGGUCAUUUACCAGCCCCGGCGCAAGCGGGCCAAGCUCAUCGGCAAGUACCUCAUGGGGGACCUGCUGGGGGAGGGCUCCUACGGCAAAGUCAAGGAGAUGCUGGACUCGGAGACCCUGUGCAGGAGGGCUGUCAAGAUCCUGAAGAAGAAGAAGCUGCGCCGGAUCCCCAACGGGGAGGCCAACGUGAAAAAGGAAAUCCAGCUCCUGCGGCGAUUACGGCACAAAAACGUCAUCCAGCUGGUAGAUGUGUUGUACAACGAGGAGAAGCAGAAAAUGUAUAUGGUGAUGGAGUACUGUGUGUGUGGGAUGCAGGAGAUGCUGGACAGUGUCCCAGAAAAGAGGUUUCCAGUGUUUCAGGCUCACGGGUACUUUUGUCAGCUUAUAGAUGGCUUAGAAUACUUGCACAGCCAAGGGAUUGUCCACAAGGAUAUCAAACCGGGGAACCUCCUGCUAACAACCAACGGGACACUAAAAAUAUCCGAUUUAGGCGUAGCAGAGGCAUUGCAUCCGUUUGCGGAGGACGACACGUGCAGGACGAGCCAAGGGUCGCCAGCAUUCCAGCCCCCAGAAAUUGCCAACGGCCUUGACACCUUUUCAGGCUUUAAAGUCGACAUCUGGUCCGCGGGGGUGACGCUAUACAACAUCACAACGGGUCUGUACCCUUUUGAAGGGGAUAAUAUCUAUAAAUUAUUUGAAAACAUCGGGAAAGGCGACUACACAAUUCCAGAGGAUUGUGGUCCUCCACUCUCGGACUUACUGAGAGGGAUGCUGGAAUACGACCCAGCCAAGAGGUUCUCAAUACAGCAGAUAAGGCAGCACAACUGGUUUCGGAAGAAACACGCUCAGGCAGAGGCGCUGGUGCCGAUCCCGCCCAGCCCCGAGACGAAGGACCGGUGGAGGAGCAUGACGGCGGUGCCUUACCUGGAGGAUCUGCAUGGCUACAACGAGGAGGAGGACGAGGACUUGUAUGACAUUGAAGAUGAUAUCAUCUACACUCAGGACUUCACAGUACCAGGACAGGUGCCUGAGGAGGAGGCCGGGCAGAACGGGCAGAGCCGGGGCAAGGGGCUGCCCAAGGCCGUGUGCAUGAACGGGACGGAGCCGGGGCAGCUGAGCGCCAGGGCCAAGGGCGAGCGCCGCGCCAGCGCCUCCUCCAACCCCUCCCGCAAGGCCUGCUCUGCCAGCAGCAAGAUCCGCAAGCUCUCCACCUGCAAACAGCAGUGAGCUCUGCCCAGCAUCCCCGGGCACGGGCCUGCGUCCCCCCUCCUCGCCCCAGCUCUGCCUCUCUCCUGGGACUGGACUGUGCUUGCGAUCCAAAAAGAAACCAGAGGAAACCAACCAAGGACCCCCUUCCCUCCCUGCGCCCCCCGCUCCGGCAGCGCCAGGACCCGAGGCCGUGGUGGCCGCACUCCCCGGACGCCUGGGAGUUGAACUUUGCAGCUGCCAGGACGCUGUCCCCCCCAAUCACUCUUUGCCAAUCAAGACACUGAUUCUGUUUUUAAUUUUGCGAUGGGAAGGUGGGAUGAGGGGGCUGGGGGGGGUGGGAGCCGCCCCCCUGCUGGGCCCCCCGGCCGUGUAGAGUCGUGCAAAGCCAUUGCCGUGCACUUUAUGUUUUAGACUACUGUUAUAUAUUAUAUAUUUUCCUCUUUUUUUUUUUUUUUUGUUUUGUUUAUAUUUGCGGUAUAUUUAGAGAUUCCUACACAUCGUGAUGUGUUAAAAUAAACCAGAUGAGGAAAAAAAGCCAGGUAUUAAGACAAAGCAGAACUCUGUUACACCUGCAUGCUGCACGGGGGCUCUGAAGGGAACAGGGCCUGGGAAGGGCUCAGGGCUUGGAAGGGAUCAAGGCCUGGGAAGGGCUCAGAGCUUGGAUGGGCUCGGGCUCAGAAGGAAUCGGGGCACUGGCAGCCACUUGGCUCCUUUUUUCUCUCUCUUUUUUUUUCUUCUUCUUUUUUUUUUUUUUUUUUUUUUUUUUUAAAGAAAAUAAAGUGAAAAGAGCA